CACAUGUCUGCAGUGGAAGCUACUCGAAUUGGACUGAAUUGAAUUUGUAGAAUAGGAAACCUGCUGUCCAACUCGGUCCAUAAAAUAGCUGCGCACCUUUUCAAGAAAAGAAUCAGAAUAUCAUUUGACUACCAUACAAAGAGCAACUAAUCCAAGUGCCAAGAGAUCCCUAAGACGCCCAAACCCAUCAAUCUGUCCCGCACCGCCAUCACCUACCCUAUCUCUUGAAAGCAAUACGGUUGUCGACAUCACACCCGCGACCCAUCCAUCACCCCCCAAAUCCAUGGCACAAUCAACCGCCCACCGCCGGCUCCUCCAGGAGUACCGCGCCUUGACAAACAACCCUCCGGACGGUAUCACCGCCGGCCCCGUUAACGAAGAUGACCUCCUUCAUUGGGAGGCCAUGAUCCAGGGCCCCGAGGGCACGCCCUUCGAGGGCGGCGUGUUCCCAGCUGAGCUGCGCUUCCCCAAAGACUACCCGCUCGCACCGCCGACGAUGAAAUUCCUAGGCGAAAUAUGGCAUCCUAAUGUCUACCCGAGCGGCCUCGUCUGCAUCUCCAUCCUCCACCCACCCGGUGACGACCCCAACCACUACGAACACGCAUCCGAGCGCUGGUCUCCCAUCCAGUCGGUCGAGAAGAUCUUGAUUUCCGUCAUGAGCAUGCUGGCCGAGCCAAACGACGAGAGUCCUGCCAACGUCGAGGCGGCAAAGAUGUGGCGAGAGCGCAGGGCCGAUUACGAGCAAAAGGUUCGCGACUCUGUUCGUAGAAGUCUGGGCUUGUAAGGCCUCGUGGGCCAGCUAAAUACGAAGAUAAGAUUAAAAUGAAAUAAAAAUAAGAAACGAAUAUUUUAUAUCAUCCAAAUAGGCCCCUUGGACCUAAUAUUGUA